CCCUGAGGAGUCUCGGAGAGCAAGGCCUUGGAGGCCUCAGUUGGAGGCCGAAGGUUGAAAAAGGACAAAUGUGGGAGUGUGCGUGGGUGCUGCGGGUGUGGGAGACGCCGGGGUGAAGUGGUGUUGGGGGGGCUACCCUAACUCUCCCACAUUAGACCAAGUCACGGCCACGUACCCAGUGGCUGACACAUGGGGGCGCUCAAUAAAUAGUCCAUGAAUGAUUCUGGCGCUACAUCCAGGCCAGCAGGCGGUGUUAGGCACUGAGGACGCGCUCUGCAGAAAACGGAGUUAGCGUCCUGCUGCCCAAGGAUGGCAGACAGUCAAGGCCAUAUUGUGGAGCAGGGGGCUGGGGACUCAGCAAGCAAUGACGCAGUUGAUGCGAAGCCGGACCGGUCCUCUUUUGUCCCAUCUCUCUUCAGUAAGAAGAAAAAUGACUCAGGGAAAUCGGCCAAGAACCCCCGGGACCGAGUGCCUACGUAUCAGUAUAACAUGAAUUUUGAGAAGGUGGGCAAAUGCAUCAUCAUAAACAACAAGAACUUCGACAGAGUGACAGGAAUGGGUGUCCGCGAGGGAACAGACAAAGAUGCUGAGGCUCUUUUCAAGUGCUUCCGAAGCCUGGGUUUUGAUGUGACUGUCUAUAAUGACUGCUCUUGUGCCAGGAUGCAAGAUCUGCUGAAAAAAGCCUCUGAAGAGGACCACAGAAAUUCAGCCUGCUUUGCCUGCAUCUUGUUAAGCCACGGAGAAGAAAAUUUAAUUUAUGGCACAGAUGGCAAGACAGCAAUAAAGGACUUGACAGCCCAUUUUAGGGGGGAUCGAUGCAAAACCCUGUUAGAGAAACCCAAACUCUUCUUCAUUCAGGCUUGCCGGGGGACAGAGCUUGAUGAUGGGAUCCAGGCCGACUCGGGGCCUAUCAAUGACACAGAUGCUAAUCCCCGAUAUAAGAUCCCAGUUGAAGCCGACUUUCUCUUCGCCUAUUCCACAGUUCCAGGCUAUUACUCAUGGAGGAACCCAGGGAGUGGCUCCUGGUUUGUGCAGGCCCUCUGCUCCAUCCUGAACGAGCACGGGAAAAGCCUGGAGAUCUUGCAGAUUCUCACCAGGGUGAAUGACAGGGUGGCCAGGCACUUUGAAUCUCGGUCUAAUGACCCAUGCUUCCACGAGAAGAAGCAGAUCCCAUGUGUGGUCUCCAUGCUCACCAAGGAGCUCUACUUCUGAAGAUAACCAUUCCAGGGGCGCAUUCUAGCUGAGAAGCUACGGAUCAUUUGUUGAUGAAUCAGAUU